AUGGCACCCAAGAAGAAGGAUGAGGUUGAGGAGAAGAUCUUACUAGGCCGGCCACGCAACACGUUGAAGAUGGGCAUGGUUGGUCUUCCAAACGUCGGGAAAAGCACCACGUUCAACUUGCUAUGCAAGCAAUCGGUACCAGCGGAGAACUACCCCUUCUGCACAAUCGACCCUCAUGAGGCUCGCAUGAACGUCCCCGACGACCGCUUCAGAUGGCUCUGCGGUCACUUUAAACCGAAAAGUGAAGUCUCCGCCACACUUUCCAUUUUCGAUAUUGCGGGCCUUGUACCCGGAGCUCACAGAGGACAAGGGCUGGGCAAUGCCUUCCUUUCGCACAUCCAGGCAGUAGACGGCAUUUUCCAUGUCGUGAGAGCCUUUGCAGAUGAGGAUAUUGUUCACAGCGAGGGAGAGGUGGACCCGGUAAAGGACUUGACUACGAUUUCAUCGGAACUUCGUCUUAAGGAUUUGGAGAGAGCCCAACGGCUCAUAGAAGACCUUCAAAAGACUUCGAGGCAGCAGAAAGCCGCCGAUAAGGCCAGGAAGCUGCAGGAGGAGGUUCUGCAAGCCGUUGUUAAGCUCCUGGAAGACGAAAAAUGGGUUCAGCAAGGGAACUGGAAAGCCGCAGAGGUGGAAGUGUUGAACGAGUACCAGUUUCUGACAGCGAAGACCGUUGUGUAUUUGGUGAAUAUGAGUGAGAAAGACUUCAUUCGGCAAAAGAAUAAGUGGCUGGCGAAGAUCCACAACUGGGUUCAGGAGAACGUACAGGGGCCCAUAAUUCCAUACUCCGCCUUCUUUGAAAAUAAACUUGCAGAGCAGCCAGACGACGAGGCCAGAGAGGCCUACAUCAAGAGCAGUGGAGCCUCAAAGAGCAUGUUGGAUAAGAUUAUUCAGACUGGAUACCACGCGCUGCAUUUAAUUCAUUUUUUCACAUGCGGCGAAGACGAAGUGAAGUGCUGGACUAUCCGCGCGGGCACGAAAGCCCCUCAGGCAGCUGGUGUCAUUCACUCGGAUUUCGAAAGAGGUUUUAUUUGCGCUGAGGUGUACAAGUACAAUGACUUGGUGGAGCUGGGCAGCGAGAACGCAGUGAAGGCUGCAGGCAAAUACUUGCAAAAAGGGAAGGAUUAUGUGGUUGAAGACGGCGACAUCAUAUUUUUCAAGUUCAAUGUGACUAACAGCGGAAAGAAGUGA